CCUUCUCUCUCACACACACACACACAAAGAAAGAAACAAAACAGCCAUCAUAAUGCCUGAAGAAGCUCCUCAAAAGUCCUCAUUUCUUUCAACCACUGAAUACUACAAACUGUUGCAAAGAAACAAGAAGACUCUUCAAUUCAUUGAAGAUGUCACGGCCAACGCCGCCCAAGUCCAGCGUCGUGUCCUCGCCGAGAUCCUCUCCCGCAAUGCCCACGUCGAGUACCUUCGUCGACACAGCCUCGCCGGUGCCACCGAUCCUAAGACCUUCAAAAAUACCAUCCCUGUCAUCUCUUAUGAGGACAUCCAACAUGAUAUCAACCGUAUUGCCAAUGGUGACUCUUCUCCUAUCCUCUGUUCCUCUCCCAUUUCUGAGUUUCUCACAAGCUCGGGAACGUCGGGAGGAGAGAGAAAACUAAUGCCAACAAUAGAAGAAGAGCUAGAAAGAAGAUCAUUACUAUACAGCUUACUAAUGCCAGUGAUGAGCCAAUUCAUGGGAGGCUUAGAGAAAGGCAAAGGAAUGUACUUUCUCUUCAUAAAAUCAGAAUCCAAAACCCCAAGUGGGCUAUUGGCUCGACCCGUCUUAACAAGCUACUACAAAAGCGCCCAUUUCAAGCACCGCCCAUUCGACCCAUACACCAACUACACCAGCCCCAACGAAGCCAUCCUCUGUUCCGACGCCUACCAGAGCAUGUACGCCCAGCUCCUCUGCGGCCUCCACCACCGCACCGACGUCCUCCGCGUCGGCGCCGUCUUCGCCUCCGGCUUCAUCCGUGCCAUCCGCUUCUUGGAAAAGCACUUCCACCUCCUCUGCCACGACAUUCGUACCGGAACUCUGAAUCCCCAAAUCACCGACCAACCCAUUCGUGAAUCCUUAAAAAAAACCCUGAAACCCGACCCGAAAUUGGCGGAUUUCAUCGAAGGGGAGUGCAGUAAAAAAUCAUGGCAUGGGAUUAUUACCCGGAUUUGGCCUAAUACUAAAUAUGUCGACGUGAUUGUUACUGGGACAAUGUCGCAGUACAUUCCGACAUUGGAUUAUUACAGUAAUGGGUUGCCGCUUGUUUGUACGAUGUAUGCUUCUUCUGAGUGCUAUUUUGGUGUCAAUUUGAACCCAAUUUGUAAGCCUGCGGAGGUUUCUUAUACGCUUAUUCCAACAAUGGCGUAUUUUGAGUUCCUCCCUGUUAAUAGGAACAUGUCGUUGACUGAAAAGGAGCUGCAGCUCGAGCUCGUUGAUCUUGUCGAUGUUCAGCUCGGACAAGAAUACGAGCUCGUUGUCACCACUUACGCAGGGUUGUAUAGGUACAGAGUGGGGGAUGUACUAAGAGUGGCAGGGUUCAAGAACAACGCGCCUCAAUUCAAUUUCAUUUGCAGGAAAAACGUUGCUUUAAGCAUUGAUUCCGACAAGACAGACGAGGUUGAGCUACAAAACGCUGUCAAGAACGCAUUGAGCCAUUUGGUGCCAUUUGAUGCGACAGUGAGUGAGUACACGAGCUGUGCUGACACUUCAAAGAUCCCAGGCCAUUAUGUUCUCUAUUGGGAGUUGAGUGUUAACGGAGCUAAAACGACACCGAUCCCGCCCUCCGUCUUUGAGGAUUGUUGCUUAACGAUCGAAGAGUCUCUCAAUGCCGUGUACCGUCAAGGUCGGGUCUCUGAUAAGUCCAUUGGUCCUCUCGAGAUUAAGAUCGUUGAAACUGGAACGUUCGAUAAGCUCAUGGAUUAUGCUAUUAGCUUAGGAGCAUCGAUAAAUCAGUAUAAGACACCGAGAUGUGUCAAGUAUGAACCCAUCAUUCAGCUAUUGAAUUCGAGGAUCGUGUCGAAUUACUUUAGCCCUAAAUGCCCUAAAUGGGUUCCAGGUCAUAAGCAAUGGAGUUGAAAAUGACAUUUUUUUUCUCUCGAGACGCCCGCGUAAGGAUGUCAAUUCUCAUUAGGAGAUCGAACCAAGGACCUAUGAAAAUCGGGGCUACCCCUACCCAUGGCCAACGUUCGCUCUCUUCUUAGAAAUGUACAAAGAAAAAUUGUUCCUUUCUUCGUGAAAGUAGUCUUCUUUUUCUUU